UAUAGGAAAUGGAUCAGGAGGAGCAAGAUAAAGCUUUGCCCAUUGCAAAUGUGGGUAGAAUCAUGAAGCAAAAUCUUCCUCCAAGUGCAAAGAUCUCCAAGGAAGGGAAACAACUAAUGCAAGAGUGUGUUACAGAGUUCAUAAGUUUUGUGACUGGUGAGGCAUCUGACAAGUGUCACAAGGAGAAUCGCAAGACCGUUAAUGGGGAUGACAUCUGUUGGGCUCUAAGUUCCUUAGGGUUUGACAACUAUGCUGAGGCCAUAGCAAGGUAUUUGCAUAAAUACAGGCAAGCAGAAAGGGAGAAAAUCCAAAACAACAACAAAAAAUAUGAAGGAUCAGCAACAAAAUCUCUCAACCAAACUCAACUCAUCCUUGCUCCACCACCACCACCAUCACUCUCUAGGGUUACUCAUGACAAGCUUCAAAACCCUCCCACCACAGAUCAAUCGUAGUUUCUGUGUUUUUCUCAAGAUCGACCAAGGAUCACAACAACAACCCUUCUAAUUUUGUUCAAUAUUAUGAGGUAAUUUUGCAACUGCACAUCUGCUCAAAUAAGAGGACUUCCCUUUCUACCUUCUUUAAACACUCUAUCACUACUGUAUUCAGCUUCUGUAAUGUUGUAUAUUAAUUAUAUGGGUAUUGGUUAAGUUAAGAAUAGUAGCUCUAAAUUUUCUACGAUAAUCAUUAAUAAAAGUGAUCUGAUUUAGCAUGUGUUGGGCAAGGCCCGUUUGCAGAAGUUUUUUACUUCCAAAUGAAAUCUUGGGCUGAUUAUUAAUAUUUGCCAUGAGGUUAUU